GGUGGUCGCGCGCGGCGUUAUAUAAAUUUCCCCUGGGAAAAGUCGUUGCAGAUAUCCGCCGGAUACCGUACGAUAGUGCGUUCGGCGUUCGACGAUCGAUUUGGCAUCCGUUAUCGUGGACAGAUUUCACUGGAAGCGGCUUCAAUCCGUUAAGAAAUAAGUUCGAAGUUCGGCCAAAAGUGAAAAAAAAAGUUAUUUUUAUUAAUAUAGUGCUCCCGGGAAAUGUACUGCGCGUUCAUAAGAUGAGUGGUAACGUACCGCAACGAGCACCAACGCCUCCGGCCAUGGCAAACCAUCCAGCGUCUAAGUUUAGAGGAUCGAGAACUAUGCCAUCAUGGGUGACUGAUAGUAAUGAUCGGGUUGGUCCACCGCCACCGGCGCCACCGAUCAACGUCGAUCCAGAGUACGAAGUUAUUGAUGUAGCAAAUCAGCAAUAUUCCAAUGCGCCGCCUCCAAUUCCUUUAAAAUCACCGGAUAUCAAGCGCAUGACUGUCUUAAAAUGUGAUCUGUGCGGCUCAGUCACGCCCGUUGUUCGCUGUAUUCAAUGCGAUCAAAAUCUUUUUUGCGCAUCCUGCGACGAACGCUAUCAUCGUCACCCAAAACGCCAAACACAUUCGAGAACGCCCGUAGAGUUGCAAAGCACAACCGCGGUGAAACCCCCGCUGCCGCCGAAAGGUGAUGCUGGCACUAGUGGGCCCCUGCCGCCGCCCAGAAGAAACAAACGCCCCGGUAGUUUCCUCUUCCCUAGCCCGCUGCUGGGACGCAAGCAGGAUGCGGAACAGAACAUCCCGACAACCGUACCCCAGGGUCCCGUAGGAAAUCCACCACAAAAGCCACCUCCACCGCCGCCCAGUCCUGCACUAUCACUACGCGAGAAAAUGAACUCCCUUAAACGUUUCAUCCAUCCGUCGAAUAGACCGUUACCAGAUCCACCCGGUCAAAAAACUCACUCGUCAAAUUCAUCACUGGAUUCGAUCUCUAAGCACUCAUCUGGUGGCCCUCCAUUUCGAUCAGUAUCUAGUACUAUGGAGAAGAUUCAGAACAAUACAGCUGCAACCCUGGAUCGCAUGACCUUGCUUCAGCAACGUUAUCGGCAACACCAGGAAGCAAUGAAGGCUGACAGCGAUCGAAGCCGACGUGCAAGUGUUUCUUCAAAUACGGAUUUACAGUCAUCAGGUCAAAUAAUUCGUACAAAACCACCUUUAGUUCCAACGACACUACAUCACCAACAACAACUACAGUUACAGCAACAGCUUCAUCAGCAACAUCAUGCGCUUCAACCGAGAUGGAUCGAGCCUCCAACACCCAGAAUGCGAUCUGGCAGUGUCGCUUCGGGUAUCAAUUUGCUACCCGGUGCAGUGUCUAAUGAAUGUAAUCCCCCUAGCAUUAAUCCACCGUUUGUGUCCUCCGUACAGCGUCCCGAACAAGGAGCAGUGCCUGAGUCAGGGCCGCCGAAUCCCCGUAGUACGUCUGUGUUUAAUCUAAACCAAAUGCCGGCACAGCAGCCGAAUAUGUGGGGAUUUUCUCCCUUGCAGCAGGCACAAUCAAUGGCUCACAUCAAUUUCAACCAAAUGCAUUGGAAUCAAAUGAAUCCAUGGAUGGCUGGUCAAGCACACAAUGGUUCCAAUGUCAGUCUGAAUCUACCAUCUUCUCAAAUGGGACACUAUCCUCAUGACCAACCGGGUUAUCCGCCAGGCUGGAAUAAUAACUGGGGUGGCAUGUAUCCGUACCCGAUGGGACUAAUGCCAAUGAUGCCUGGAAUGGGCAUGCCUCCACCCCGGUCAAGAGCUCUUUCACGGUCCCGGGCGGCAUCACCAGCACUAAGCGUCAAGUCCAGAAAAUCCACAAUGUCGAUGCGUAACUUACAGCGCAACAGUUACAUAGACGAUCUGACGGAUGACGAAGACUCUGAAGAAGAGUUCAUUCAAUCUCGCAACCGCCGAGAUCGUAGACAUCGGGUGGACUCAAGUAGCAGUCUCGAUUUUGACGAACCCGAGCCAGCGCCAUUCGUGCGAGCUUCAAGCGUCAGACAUUCGCGUUUCAAUCGUGAUCGUCGAGGUGCAUCCUCAGCUAGAUCACUCAUUGAUUAUCCCGUAAGUCAGAAACGAGAUUCACAACGUUCGCGGUACGAACGUGACGAGCUUCUACGAGAUCGUUUCGAUAAGAUGUCGUUGUCGUCACCUAGGAAAGUUUCGGACUUCCCUAAUGAUUCGGACCGAGACAGAUCAAAUAACCUUAGAGCAAACAAAGAAAACUUGAGUUCACCACGCAAGAUAGCUUCCGACUCACUGACCAAUGAUUCCGAUGUGGAUCAGGAAAGGCGUCGUCUUAGUAAGCAACGAACACCCAGUAGUGUUUCGUCGCCCCGAAGAAUCGCUUCGGAUUCCUUGACCAAUGACUCUGAUGCCGACCAACAGAGACGCAAGCAGCAAUUGCAGAAAAAUAACACACCUACGGCGACGUCGUCGCCAAAACGUCCAGAAUCAGAUUCCGUUACAAAUGAUUCCGAACCGACACAGCAGAAAGCCAAAACGAUCGGAAACAGGAAACUUUCGGAUGCUGAGAAAAGCAAACCGACAACAAAGACUACCAAGUCAGGUCGUUCUACACCCAAAAAGAGUCCAUCCGAUUCGCACACUCCGGAUACGGAUGGCGAACAGAAGCGAAGAUUUCAAUUCAAGAAAACGGUCAAAAAACAUUCUAGUACGGAAUUUAUAGCGAAUGAUUCGGACGCCGAAUUAGAACUUCGUAAAGAGGCGAAAAGAAAGAAUUCCAACGUAGUCCAACAAUCGCCGGAAGUUCAACCACCCAAAGUACCUGACGAAGAGGAUCAGGAAGUUCACAACAAAACAGUCGAGCUCAAGAACCACAUUAACGAAUCAAAAUGUGAGCAAGUGGAAUUUGCCGUAGAGGAAUCACCCCCACCGGCAAUCGUAGCUCCCGAUCGUGAGUGGGAGUGUGCAUUCUGUACCUACGUCAAUGAAUCCGGUGUCAAAAUAUGUGCCAUUUGUUGUAAAACCGUGCGCUCGGAAGCAAAAACAGACGCUGAUAUUCCACGAUCACCUCCACCGGAUGUCGUGCAGGAGCCACCUUUCGAAAAGCGAACCGUUCAAAGACCGAAAGACGACGUCGACAAACCGCUGCAAUCUACCAGAGAGGGCGGCGGCGGCGGCGGCGAUACGAAGAAGAAAGACUAUGAUGAUGAUGAAAAGGAAAACGGUGAUGAAGACUCAAAUAAUAUUUAUGAAAAUUUUGUCGAGGAAAAUCCAUUCAGAAAUCAGGAGUUUCAAAACAAGUCCGCUGAUACAGUUAGAAAUUCGAAAAAUAGUGGUGAAAUUAAGCAAAAUCUAGACAGUGAAAUGGUUAAAGUGAUGAACAAAGUAGUGAAGGAAAAAGUUUCGACCGGAUGUGGUUCAUCUCCACCGCGUGAUUCCAACUCGCAGGUGAAGUUUCCCAGCAACAGAGGUUACGUUUCUACCGACAGAGCAACGAUAGGGACUUCACCACCCCCACAAGAUAUGUCCACUCAGACCUACGACACCGUUGAGGGAAUUCGAGCGAAAGCCCAAGGCGACCAGGCUUCGGUUGAGGACAAUCUCAUCGGCAAACUAACAUCGCCGUCAACGGGUAGCAUCUAUAAACGAUCCCAUUCGGUCACCACUGCGCCACAACUGCUACAAGUGGCCAGUCCCCGUUCCGGCAGUCGACUAAGCUUUUCGAGUGACACUCAGAGUCUACCACCGUCACCGCACGAACUGAGCCCGCAACCACUACCGCAUGCUCAGCAAAAUGAACUUCCACAGAUCAUGCCACCUCAUCCGGACGCAAACAUGUCCUAUUUGGACCGUGCCAUUCAUCAAAUCAUACAAACUGCUGCCGCCAAGACCAACUUCAGCACCGCUCGUCCGCUCGAUCAGCACAAGUAUCGUGCGAUGAGCGAUCUAAGUCGCAUCGAUAAUCUAACGCCAACUCAUGUGACCCUGAACGAUCUACUGACGCAACGGCAAGCGCCAACCAACACCAUGGGCGAUCAUUCGGAGGAUGCUGCACGGUUGAUGGAAUCUAUGAAUAUAGAUGAGUCGAACAGUUCCGCAGGUACAGAACUAAAAAAUCUCCUAAAGGAAGCAGAACACUACAAGUUCACGGCUGAAGAGCUGCAGGCAGCUCUUGAACAUUGUAAGGAAAAGCAUCCGGUGCAAUGGCUUCGUGAAAACUGGUCGAAACUGAUCGACACGGUACAGACCCUGGCUACUAAGUAUGGUCACGAAAAAAGGGAAAAUACGAUUGGUACAAUAUCCACGGUGGAGGCUCGUGAGGCUCUGCGCAAGCACAAGGGUAACAUUUGGCAUGCCAUCACAGAAUGUAUCGAGCAGCGCCAAAGAAAGUAUAGUGAAAUUGCCUCGAAAGGUAACUAUACUAGAGAAGAUAUUGUGACCAGUCUGACGGCGCAUCAUGGAAACCUAGAACUGGCAAUGUUGGAACUGAGUAAAACACAGCUAAAACCCUUUCUGAUGCGCAUCUGGGGUCCAUCGAAUGGUGCCGAAAACGAUUCCGGUAACAUACUUCUGCAUCAGGCGCUAAGAGAGGAUCGGAGUGGAAUCAGCAACGAAAUUCAGGAGUUUAUCAGUGUGCACGUUGAAAAGGAAUUACUUUCCGAAGCGAUGAUGAGUUCGGCAAACGAGAAGGUCGAAAAAUCUCAGGAAAAUGUUAACCCAGGUUCAAUCCCUAAUGGGAAACACGAACAAUGUGACGGCAUAUCGGAGACUACUAACCACGUUGUAACUAACGGCAACGAACAACAUCCGGCAGAAGAGGACUCUAUUCCGUCAAAUACAGCGAUUCUGAAGGAUAUUGAAAAAUUGAUCGACCAAAUGGAAAAGAAUCAGGCCAACCAAAAUGAAGCCGUACUGAAGAACAUUCAACAAUUGUUGUCCAAAUUGGUUGACCGCAACGAUUCGCGUCCGUCAUCGCAAGCCUCGGUACGUUCAGAUUCAUGUGAGCGAAUUGUUGUGAAAAGUCCAAUUCCGUUACCACGUUCCAUUGAAUCGUCCGUUGAUGAGACCAAGCCUAUCUACGAAGACAUUCGAAAGUUUAUGACAGAAAACAUUCAGGAAAUUCUUCCAAGUCUCGUCGGUCAGGUGCAACAGGAACUCAGCUCUGUUACCUUCAAAGCCGAUCGAACAUUGGAAGAAGACAUCAAAGAGACGCUGCUGAAUGCACGGUACUCGGACGAGGACUACAAAAACAUUCAUAAUUUCCCAUUCAAACGAACCAUCGAACCAUCACACGACUUUCCGAAUGCGACCGAAAACAAAGCAUCGAUAAAAUUCCCGACCAUACAGGAGGAAGAGAGCGAGUACGCUAAUAUUCAGAAUUUCCUCAAACGAGCAAUACGGAAUGAACGAUUGACUUGCGAGUUCGAGCAAUACCGAACGCAAAACUAUAGGUUUGACAGCAGCUCCGACGAAGCUAGGAUGACCGCUGAGUCUACUGACUAUUACGAUAUUGUGACGGUGAAUCAGAAGAUCCAACAGCUAUUAAGCAAACGUGAGAGCAGCGUUGAGUCAGAAGCUGAAUCGAUCGACUCUCAGCGUGAAUUACGAAAGUUGGAAGCAACAUCGGAUCAAAGUUCUGCCGAAGAAGAGAUCUAUGCUAAUGCACCCGCAAUAAGCGAACAUUUAUCGAAAGGUGAAUCUGUCAAACCGUCAUUGGAUGAUCAAACUAGUGAUAAAGAUUCAAAGCUGGAACAAACUGUAUCGGAAAAUAAUGUCGAAACACAAGCUGUCCCUACCAUACACGUAGAUUACGUGGAAGACACGCUACACGGUGUUGAAGAUAGGAAAACAAGCGAACACGAAAAUGAAACGUCACCCGUACCCACUGCUGAGACUAAAGAAGUGGAAGACGUUGUCGAAAAACUUACAAAAAUCGAGCAGGAGCUCACAACGUCACCCGAUAAACGCGUCAGUGAUGUUGAAGAAGUAAGAAACAUUAUCGAAAAACUAGAAAAGAUCAAGCACAUACUCGGCAUGUCACCGGAAACUGACACCAAACCAAUUGGUCAUAUCGUAGAAGUUGCUGUCGGAAAGAUCGAGCCAAGCGAAAAUGAGCUCGAGCUUGCACCGCAAAAAUCCGUCGAAACCAUUGAUCGCACUGUUGCUGAGCAGCUGGACAAAAACGAGCAUGAGCUUGAUGAAACGUCACCUAACGAACCCGUCAUUUCCAUUGAUCAUAUUGAAGAAGUUAGACAAAUUGUCGGGAAUAUAGAAAAAACCGAAACAGAGCUAGAAACGUCAUCCGAUAAGCUCACUAUUGUCGCUCCCGUUGAUCAUGUCGCAGAAGUGAGGCAUAUUGUCGAAAAGAUGAGAGAAGACGAACGUGACUCUCACAUUGAGCUGGUUGAAGAAGUGAAACAUGUUGUCGAGUCCCAGCAUGAGUUUCCGACGUCUUCGGACAAGCCAGUCUCACAUGUCAACCAUGUUGAAGAAGUGGAACAUGUUGUCGAAACUGAGCAUGAGCCUCCUACGUCCUCGGACAAGCCGGAAACACAUAUGAAUCAUAUUGAGUUAGAGGAAAUUGAGCAUAAACCUCAGCCUUCCUCGGACGAGCAAGUCACACAUAUCAAUCAUGUUGAAGAAGUGAGACAUGUUGUUGAAAAGUUAGAGAACAUUGAGCAUGAGCUUCAUACGGCGGCAGACAACCCAAUCACACCUGUUAAUCACAUCGAAGAAGUAAGACAUGUCGUUGAAAAGCUAGAGAGAAUCGAGCACGAACUUGAAGCACAACCUAACGAGUCUGGUACAACCAUUGAUCACGUACAGGAAAGAAAAGACAUUGUAAAUAAUGUUGAAAGUCUCGAACUGGCGCGCAUUGAUCACGUGGAUCAGCUGAAGCACGUUAUCGAAAACAUCGAAGAAAUCGAACAUCAACUUGACAGGCCGCUCGAUGAUCCGGAAACCCACCAGCUCACAUUGGGUCCUUCCGUUGAAGAACACUCAGUUGCUGUUCAAGAUAAGAUAGGGGAAACUCCUUCCAAUCGUAUUCCAGUUAACGAGCGUUCCGCGAACAGUAUUCGCGAUAUUUCUGUUAAUGAUGCAGGAGAAACGACCACCGGUCUUCCUCCAUCGAACACUGAAGUUUCUACAACCUCCGAACAACCCGCCGAUUUAGUCGAUAGCCAAGAUCCGGUUCCUUCGAGUAGUGAAGUCACUGAUCCUCCCACUCAAAUUGCCAUCCCCACCACUGAUCCAGUCAAUAAUACUCCGUCCCCGUCAAAUGACCCUGCCUCCCCACAUGUUCCGCAAGGUUCUAGCGCUUUGCCACAAGCGAAUCAAGACCCACCAAAAGACGGUACGAUCGCUCCUCAGCCGUCCAGACCAUCAAACAACCUGUCCGAUUUGGUACUAGACACCAAACGGUUGAUACAGCAAAUGAAAGAUGAAAUCGCCUCCGAUAUGGCAACGAUGCAAGAUGAGGACGAAAUCUACGACGGCGAGUACUACGAAGAGGAUGAAUAUGAGGAAUGGAGCGACGAGAAUAUUGAUGAGUGGGAAUCGAAUGAGGAGUACGACGUUGAUGAGAACGGAGACUUCUACGAGUACGAGGAUGAAGAUGACGACGGUUCAGUAAUGUUCAGUGAGAUUGCUCCAGAGGAUGUUCAUCAUCCGGAAACUGAGGAGCCACUAGAGCUCAUUGAAGAUGGAGAGAUCUUCGUAGGAAAACCAUACCUACCAACGCUUAGUUUAGCGCUGGUUAGGGAAAUUGAACGGAACAGUGCCUCGGAGGUCAGUGACCUACCGCUGGACAGUGACUUUAACGAUGCGCUUAGCGUUAUCGAACAAUCGGUAGGAGAAGUUUCUGACAUCCUUGACUUGGCGGUAAGAGGAUUGGAAGAGAAUAAUCAUUCGGAGUUUGAGGAAAUGUCCGAAGCGGAAACUGUGCACAACAGUCCGGAGGUUAGUGAGCUCAGUGAGGUGACGUUGGUAGCCGAUGAUGUAAAUGAAUCUACCGAGGCAACCUUGGUGGCCGAAGAAAACCGAAACUUCAACACCAUGAAACAUGUGCAAUCUUUACUGAAUGCCAAAACAGUUAUUGGACAAUUUAUCAAAUCUUCACAGAUGGUUGAACACACAGAAUUGCAACCGGAACCGAGCGAGCUGCGCGAAGCAACUGAGGAAGGAAUCGUACAACCGGUUGAACUUCUUACGCAACACGUAGUUCAAGAUGAAGUUCUUACUGUUGGCACAUCGAGAGAUGUGGAUACCGAAACAGAAAAAACAACACACGUGCUGGAUGCGACUAUUGAAAUGUUGACCUCAGUAGCACGGGAUCUUAGUGAACAACUGCGACAAGUCUCAUCAGUUUCCGAAGAAAACGACGCUGUUCCAGACACUGUAGAAGAAACGACCAUUCCAGAGUACGCCACUGUAAUUAAAACCAAAACUACCGGUGGUUUACAGAUUGUCGCUGCUGAUCAAAAAAACAUCCAGGAAAGUACCAGUCCAACGAAAGCAGAUGACGCUACUCUUCAAAAAGAAUCCAAUGAGACUGGCAGAGCUGAGCAUUAUGUAGCUGAAGGUUACAGUAAUACAGAUAUCAAUCAACCACAUUCCUAUGUUAUCCCAGCACACAUCACAAGAUCAAACGAAGAAACGAAUGUUGAAAGUGGAGCACAAGUUGACUUAACAACAAAUCAUGAAUUUACGGUGGAAAAAGUGACCGACGUUAUAUCAGAUUCUACAAAACGUUUAUCUACGAGCGAAUCGGAGCGAGCUAACGUACCCUUAUCGGAUGAUCAUUUUGUAGCUAUUGGAAUUGAAAAUCUGUUAUCACAAUCACAAACCAUAAAUGCAGGAGCAAUUAAUGAUGCACAAGCUAAUGAAAUAAUUCAUAUGUCUGAAAUCAAGCAGCACAACAGUACCAAUGAGGACGGGGAGAGAUCUUUCCAGGAAGACGGGCCUUCCAGACCGACGCAAAUACUAGCGUCGAAAGGAGUCAGUGAACAACCGAUUGUUGCGAAUGCUGAGGAAACCAACGUUUUAGAAAUACCUAUCAUCAACACUCAAACAUUGCCGAAUAAAAUAUUUGCUUCUAAUUCAACAUGCACAUCAGAUAUUAGAAACAUUGGCGAUCAACCUGUUGGUGAAACAAUGACAGUCACUGCAAAUAAUGAAGUUCUCUUGUCAUCUGAAAAUUCCACAAGUUCAGAUCCAGCAAAGCUUACUAACUUUGAUUCAAAUCACGCAAAAACACAAACUACCACUAUAGAAGCGAAUUCAGCAGUGGAUAGUGCAAAUCUAACCCAAACCAAUAAGCCUUCAGUUGAUGAAAACCAUGCUGUUGAUACUAUUGUCAGUUCUGCCGACCAAAAUGGACUAACUCAUCCCAUCGCUAACGGAGAAACGUCACGAAAUAUUCUCCAAUCAUCUGAAUCACGAGAGCCAUCCGAAGAACCAUCAAGCUUCAUAGAAAUUCAACCUUCGGAAGUGAUCAUUCAUUCUCCAGCUUCAAAUGUGCCACUAAACCCUUCACCACCACCGGUAGAACUGGUAUCUAACAUCUACGAAAACAUUGAAAUAAUUUCACCCAAACAAGAAGAGCCACCACCUAAAUCGAGCAAACUUUCCCUAAAAAUACCCACCUCAAAGAGCAAUCAAAACAAGAAAACACCAACUCCACCCACUACCCCACAGUCGCCCUCCGGCGCAAAAACAACUAAAAUCACCAAAACCAAGCCAAAAGUCACAGCCUCCACUACCAACACCACCACUACAGACACGAAGAAAAAAACGUCCACCGCAUCCGAUUCCUCUAGCCGUAGAAACUCUCUCCGCAAAAGCUCGGUCGGCGGUCCGUUCGGUCCGGUACUGACUAACACCGUCAAGAACAUGCAGAAGGAGUUCCUCAGCAAGACGAACAAAGACUCAUCCAAGUCCGCCAUCAGCAGUAGUGCAUCGAAACCAAAGCCAUCCAAACUGGUACAACCGAAGGCAUUCAUUAAUAAUAAGCUUACCAAACCCGUUGCAUCCACUCAGCCGGCGAACGGUGAAGCAGGCAGCAAUAAGAUUACCGAACCGGGAUCGUCACGCUCAACGCCGGGCCCUGCAUCGGGCAAGGACACCCCAAUCGGAUCUCGGGAAGGUUCGGUCACUUCCGAACAACGGCGUAAACUCCGCAAAAAGUACAUGGAGACCUGUUUCAGUGAUGACUACAUCACUUCGGACGAUGACGAGAACCUGACAACCGUUACGGAUACCGAGAGCCGAACCAUUAUUCGUUCUUUGGUGAAACCAUACGAACCCAGUGAGGAACCGUUGGAAGUUCAAGCCCGUCGAAUCCUGGACGCAGGUCAUGUUCAAUCCUAUCAGCAAGCUGAACUGGCAGUUCGGCUGAUUGAAAUGCGCUACGCGCAUGACAACGCCAUCUGGGCGGCAACUCAGUGCCACACUAUUGAGGAAGCUAAGGAUCUCCUCCAGAAGGAAUGUGAACUUUGUCUCGGUGUCUACCCGAUGAACGAAAUCGUUUCCAUGCUCAAAUGCACCCACUCGUGCUGCUUAGACUGCGCUAAAGUUUACUUUACCGAAGAGAUCAUGCAUCGUUCGAUCACCAACUGCAACUGUCCGUACUGCAAGGAACCCGAUCUUAACAACGCUGACGUAACGGAAGACGACGUGCUGGAAUAUUUCUCCAAUCUGGAUAUUCUACUCAAAAACAUCGUAGACGAAGAAGUGCACGACCUGUUCCAGCGCAAGCUGCGUGAUCGUACACUGAUGCAAGAUCCUAACUUCAAAUGGUGCGUUGACUGUUCUUCCGGAUUCUUCUCUCGGCCCCGCCAGAAGCGUCUCAUCUGUCCUGAUUGCGGGUCGAUCACGUGUGCCUCCUGUCGCAAGCCGUGGGAGCCCCAGCAUGAGGGCAUCUCGUGCGAAAAGUUCGCUGCCUGGAAAGAAGCCAACGAUCCGGAAUUCCAAGCGCAAGGUGUGGCUCGUCACCUGCAAGCUCACGGUAUCAGCUGUCCGAACUGCCACUUCAAGUAUUCGCUAUCCCGUGGGGGCUGUAUGCAUUUCACCUGUAUACAAUGCAAAUUCGAGUUUUGCUUCGGUUGUAACAAACCGUUCAUGAUGGGCGCAAAGUGUGACGUUUCCCCGUACUGCGCCAAACUGGGACUGCACGCUCAUCAUCCUAGAAAUUGUUUGUUUUAUCUUAGGGAUAAGGACCCACGGGAAUUGCAAAGCCUGCUAACGAUGCACAACGUAACCUACGAUACGGAACCAUCGGAAGUUCUAAAACGGGAGUUCAUGCAGAAUGCAAGCGCACUGAUGAGGUGUCCGAUUCCUCUACAAAAAGAAACUCCGGCCGGUUUGAUGGAUACGAUCUGUAACGGUGACGUUCCGGACGGUCACGCUGGCUUGUGCAGAACGCAUUACGUUGAAUAUUUGGUAGGCGCGGUAUCCAAGGCACAAAUCGAUCCUCUGCCAAUCCUGGACCUAACAGAUUGCGUCCAGGAAUUGCGCAGGCGGGGAAUGCCACUACCGGAACGCGGUCCCUGGGAUACCGACGAAAUCUACCGCGAAAUGUGCCAAAAGAUCGUCAAGGAGCAAAUUCCACUUAACUAGAUUCCUGCUGGAGAGAAAAUUGAUGUCCACACAGAAACUUCAUCGUUAUUCUUUAGAACGGAUCGAUCGCAAAAAUCAAGCAGUCGUCUCAUUUAUAUCAUAACAUAGACUUUUUAAAUAAUCAACCACUAAUUUUCGUAGCAUCCAAAAUUUUACACGUUGAAGUAAGGGUUCUGGUACACUCUCUUUCUACUAUAUAUUUUUUUCUCAAUCCUUGGCUU